CAUCUCGAGUCCAGCGUAGUUGAUAUCGAGAGGCGCUUGUGCGAUUGGCGCUGAUGCCCCGAAAAACAAAAAGCUUUGGUACAACCAGAGUGUUCCGGAUCUGGCUAGUUCGGCUCGCUUCGAGCGGGAGAUGCAAAGCUCGGCUUCACAAAGACUGUUGUCUUAGGAGCCUAAGUCAGUGGCUUGCAUAUCGUCGCCAACCGUCUCAUCAUGGAGGGCGGUCUGCUGACCACGGAUUCUUUGGUUAAUACCGAGGGAGGGUGGUGUUCAGUAUAUACAUAUCGACUGCCUACCUCUUGCUCGGACAUUGGAUCUCUCCUGCAACUUCCGCUACUUCUGCUUUGGAACUCAACAUGGAUUCGAUCAUACUCAUUGCUGCCUUAGCAGCUGGUGUAAUAUCUCAUCUCGCAUUCUUCAGGGUCGGGGAGCACCAUUUAUAUGGCACCCGGUAUAUCUUGACUGCCCUGUCGGCAUUCGCUAUAUCGACCGCGGUCCUUUCACAUUUAUACGAACUAUCUCUUCGCGCCGCUACCGAUCGAUCGAUCGCUAUAGCUAUAUGCUAUUUUGGUGGUCUAUAUUCUAGUCUCGUCAUCUACCGCCUCGCCUUCCAUCCUUUGAGAAGGUUCCCGGGCCCCGUCGGUUGCAAGAUUUCCAGCGCCUGGUUUGCAACAUACCUGAGACGACAAGAUGCAUUCCGGCAGCUCGCGGCUCUGCACAAUAAACACGGGAACUUCUUGCGGGUCGGCUCGAACGAUCUGUCUAUCGUCCAUCCUAAGGCUGUUCAGAUCAUCUAUGGCCAGGGCACGAAAUGCCGGAAGGCAGAUUGGUACGACCUAACAUAUCCCAGGGUAUCGCUACAGAGCACCCGUAACGACGCACUGCAUAGUCGGUGGCGUCGUGUUUGGAGCACAGCGUUUGGGGAUAGACAUCUUAGGGACUACGAAGAGCGUAUGAUUCAAUAUCGCGCGCGCUUAAUUAAAGUGCUUGAAGAGUCAGCUGGUCAGUCACUCGAUAUGACGAGAUGGUUCGCCAACUACAGCUUCGACGUGAUGGGCGAGCUAGCCUUCGGACGCUCUUUCGAUAUGCUGGAGACCAGUGUAGAGCACGAGACUAUCAAGCUUCUCACGGCGGGAUCAGCCGCACUUGGCUCCAAACUCCCCAUGUGGUUUUUCCGUAUCAUGAUUGGCAUUCCUGGUGCGGCGAGUAGCUGGUGGUCUUUUCUAGAAUACUGCAUCGCGCAGCUUGACAAUCGCAUUCAGAGGAAAGGUGAAGGGGACAAGAAGGACAUCUUGAGCAGUUUGCUGCAGCCAUUUAAUGGCAACGAUCCAAAAGGGUUCGAUCGCGGUCUACUUGAAGGCGACACACAACUUAUCAUUGUUGCCGGAAGCGAUACUUCAUCCACGACCUUAGCUACGAUUUUCCGAUAUUUAGCGCAGUAUCCCCAUCACAUUGGCCUCUUGCGCUCUGAGCUAGACCCAUUACACCGGAAUGAGUUAGGUGACUACAAUUUCAUCGAACUAUCAAACUUGAAGCACCUGAAUGGCGUUAUAAACGAAGCGUUGCGACUUUUCCCGCCCGUCCCAACCAUUCUUCCACGACUCACUCCGCCAGAGGGUCUAGACAUCGAUGGUACAUUCAUCCCUGGGAACACCACGGUGUUCUGUCCUCAAUUCGUCAUCAGUCGAGGCUCUGAAAGUUACGUCUCUCCGAAUGAUUUCAUCCCGGAGAGAUGGUAUUCGCAGCCCGAGUUAAUUAGAGACUCAUCUGGCUAUGCGCCGUUCUCAACAGGCAACUACGGCUGUGUUGGUCGAUCCCUUGCAUUGCUGAAUAUCCGCUUAGUAGUUGCCCGAAUCGUUGCUGAUUUCGAUAUCCGCUCGACCCCUGCCGAGAAUUACUUGGCAUAUGAUGAGAAAAUGAGGGAGUACUUUACACUCAUCCCUCCUCCUCUUAACCUCGGGUUUAUUAAGCGCCGAGUAAAUGAAAUGUAAAGAGGAUGGAACUUAUUGUAUGCAAGGAUACGGUCAUUUAUAUACCCAAGGGGUUACGGGCAUGUAUUAUCCGAAAUCGCUUAAGGGGCUAGUGAAGCCUAUAUGAGAGGAUUAAAUAGUCUGCUUUUCAAGGUAAGAUGGUACGCUGCUUUAGAUUCGAAUGACUUUUACGCAUUGGAGUUUUUGAGGUUGGGCUAUCAUGCCUACUACACUAUAUGGUAGCCAGGUGUUAGGUGUUGUCCAGUUUAUGACCUGAACUCCAAACUCCGAGUUUCUAGUCAAUUACGAUAUAGUUGAUUAUGUACU